GAUGAGUACAUCUGAAACCUAUGUUAUCCGCGUCUCAUGCGAAUCGCAUGAGGUGAAUGGCAUGCAUGUCACGCAUAACUCGGACAAGAAUCUAAUUUUGACCCUUGACAAUGUCAGGACACUAGACUUUUGCCUGCAGUACAAUACAAAUGAAACUGCUCUCAUCUUAAAGGAUGACCUUAGGUCAGACUUCUUAUCUGUCAUCGGCCCAAGCGGCCGAGGGCCCUACAAGCUGUGGACUUCUCCUGAAACUCGACUGUUUGGGAUUGGCUCAAUGAUCUAUCAUGGCUUUUCGAUGAAUGUUCUUGAUGAUGGGGCUGGGGACCAUCGUCUGGGAAUUGCCGAUGAGAACAUAAAUGAUGGGCACUGGGUGGCAUGGAGAAAUCCAAACGGUAGUGGCGAAUGGUCAGUAUAUUGGGUGACGCCUCGGCCAUACAACAGGGAGGAUUUACCUGGCGGUGUCCCUAUUGAGUUGAUUCUUCACAGCAAGGAAUAGUUUAUAAAUCAUUUACCUGGAUUCUCAUAGCUUUCUGUACAAAAGUGGAUUAAUUAAUGCUUAUGAUAUCUGUUCA